UACAAACAGCUGAUUAAACUUUAACUCUUGUCAAUUGUAGAUAUAUAUAUGGCUUAUACAAGUCGAGGUGAUGCUAGCGGUACCGUGACAACACCAAAUUAUGUAGUGGAUACAAAUCUUGCCAGUAAUAAACUACGUGUUACAAUUCAAAUUCAAGGUUUAAAAUCAUCAACUGUUUUAGAAUUUCAGAAAAAAUUAAUACCAAAACUUUAUAAAAAACCAACUAAUGGUGAAAUUGUAUUCGAUUUACACGAUAACGGUUUUCUAUUUGAAUUUCAUGGUCAACAGACAUUAAAAGAUCAAAAUUAUUCUCUCCAUGUUCAUCAGUUACCCGGUGUAUUAGAUCAGAAACGAUCACAGUUAAUUGUACGUGAAGAUGCUGUCGAGAUUAUUUUAAUAAAGAUGGAUAAUACUUCAUGGUCACCGUCUGUGAUUAAUGAAGGUUUAAAGAUUGUUGAAAAUGUUAAAAAAUAAAUUUUUAUUCAGCCCUAGUAUUGGUUGUAUAAUAUGUCAUCACCGGUGUUUAGGCAAUAUAUGUACAUACGUAUAUACAUAUAUGUCAAACAAACCUGGUUUUCUUUUUGCCUGGGUUGCUGCUCCUAUUCUCUCUCUCUCUCUUUCUCUAUCUAUCUCUCUCCGUCUUUCCUUUAUUCAGUUUAUUCUCCUGAUACCAAGUUAACCAUUGCCUUUUAUGUUGACUUUUGACAAGUAAAUAAUUGAUUUCGUUGUUGUUUUUUUUUUUUUGAGCUUUGUAUACUCCCAGUGAUGAUGAUGACAAUCGCAGUUUAUUCCUUACUUAUUAUUAUUAUUAUUAUUACUAAUUUUGUAAAGUAUAUAAUAUAUAUAUAUAUGUUUUUGUUAAGACUACUGUUGUAAUAUUUAUUCAUUUAUUGAUUUGAUUCAAGUUAAUAAGAUAAAAAU